CUCACAGUAGAAUUAUAUUUACUACCGCUAAUAAUAAUACUUUUCAUGCCAGCUCAGCUCUCGCGCUGACGUCUCUCCUGCAGCUGCUUCUUCCCAAGAUAAUCCAUCCGGCCCGUUGCAUUGUCACACCGUUGCCGAGUGCUGCUGUCCUCUUGUGUCAGCAGGAAAACGCCUUUUGCGAGGUACAGCAGGCAGCAGCGAGUAUUAGCCGGAGAACAACGCAUAGUAAACAACCGUCGUUGCCGACUACGCCAGGUCAAGCACAGCUGAAGUACUUUCGACGAGGACGCACGGCCAAGUGCAGAUUGAGCAAACGCCACAAUGCAGCCACCAGCAGGCAGAGAGGACGAUGAGCAUCGGCAUCCGCUUCCUUUGCCACAUUCCUCCAGUUCAUCCAGCAGCCAUCCCCGCUCGUCUUACCCCUUUCUUCAUCACCUCCCUCCUCCCAUACCAUCCACAAAUUCCCCCUUGACCCACUUUCCAGCAUCUCCAAAUUAUCGUGAUCCUCCAGCUCAGUCUCCUUCUGGUGGCCACACAGACCCUCAAAGCUGGGCAAGUCAACCGAUCCUGGACCGACCUGGAUCGCGAUCGAGGACAAGCUGGGGUGCGUCUCCCAGAGAUCCGACGCAGACCCGUUUGCCUCCCUUAUCAUUGGGCCAGAUGGAGUUUUCCCAUCGAUCAGCUCCUCCUACUCCAUGGGAAGCUCCUUCACCAGGCUCCUACGCAAUGAGCAACGCUCGAGGCGUCCCUAAUACGCCUUAUGGUGGUGCGUCGAUCUAUCGCGAGUCUCCCUCAAGACACCAGCCUCCGCUUGCCACGCCACUGUCGAGCAAUAAUUCAUUUUCCUAUGUCCCACCCUUCCCAGGGGAUGAUUCGUCGCCGCAUCAAAAUGUAAACAGGUUAGAAAGUACGGCAAAUAAUUUGCAGCCUAGAUCGCCACCGCCCCCUCCUUCUCGAGGCACCUCGCGAGGUAAACACACCAAUUCAACCGAAGAUACUGAUCGAGACGGUCAGACUCAAAAGAAGAAGAAACGCAGAGUGGCAUUGUCUUGCGCUGAGUGUGCUAAGCGGAAGCAACGAUGCAAUCGAGAAACCCCUUGCCAGCAUUGUGUGGCCAGAAGGGUGCCGGAGCUGUGCGUCCCCUAUACCCGACCUAGCAGUCCGCCUGAAAAGAAGGGGUCUGGUAACAAGAAGGACUUUACAAAAGUUAAAACGGAGAAUGAAGCGACAGCAGAAAAACCACGGCCUUCUAUGCUACCAACAAUUAGUGUGAGGGUUGCGAGGCUUGAGGCGAUCGUCAAUGCAGUAGUCAACAGGAUACCGGAAGUCGGAGGUACAAAGGCUCUCAAGGACUGGAGAAUCAAUCACGCGCCUGCAACAUCACCGCCACCUUUCGGAGCGGACGACGAUGAUGACGAAGAGAGUGUCAGGCCGCAGACAUCCGGGGAUAGGGAACUAGACAGACCUGGAUCAACCUCAUCGACAAGGUCUAGACGAGAUGAUAACUCGGCGGAAUGGGGUGCUGAAGGUGAAGGCGAAGGUGACGAUGGAGGUGUGGAUGGCCUUGACCGAGCGACAUCAGGCAGGAAUCCUCUUCCUCAAUCGAUGAUGCAUCCUUCUCAACCUGUCUCUAGAGGUUUGGACUACCACGGCACUCCUGCUGAGAGCUUACAAAGGCUUUUCGAAGAUUCUGGCCUCAAUCCUCAUAAAGUGUCGGAGCUCCUGAAAGACUUGCCAGAACGGUCCCUCGCCGACAAGCUGGUUGAUUGGUUUUUUGAAAAAUUCAACUUUGUCCGUUACCCGAUCGACGAUCACGCUUUCAAGCGAGCUUUUGAAACGGUCUAUGUGGAUGGCAAUAGUCCUCCUGCUGUCUUGGCAUUACCUCUAGUUUUCAUCGUCCUCGCAAUAUCGGCAAGGAUUGCACCCGAGGCCGUGAUUGACACAGAAGAGAGGAAGAGAGCGUUGAGUCUUCGCAUGUACUGGAGCUCGAAAUCGGCAGCCAUUAUCGCUUCGGCUGUCAAGGCUGAAAAUAUCCAGCUUGUAGAGACACGUAUCUGUUCUGGUCUGUACCUCGUUCUCAUGCACGAACGACGACUUGCGGAAGGAUGGUCCGAGUUCCGUUUGGCACUCACCAUUGGGCAAGCCAUAGGUUUGCACCGAGAUGGCAAGACACUUGGACUGGAUCCUUAUGUAACAGAGUACAGGCGAAGGUUAUGGUCAUAUCUCGUUCAUGCCGAUGCCACCUAUUCCUGUUUGCUUGGAAGGCCAACAUCAAUUGACUCGGCUUGUGUGGACACGUUGCCUCCUUCUAACCUUAACCUAGUCGACUUGCUUGAGAACAAGCUGGCCAAGCCUAGGCCAAUUACGGAACCGACAUUUGGUACCUAUCUCCUUCUUCGCCGAAGGCUCGGUGACAUUGUUGCCAAGAUCACCCAUCACUUUCAACGUCUAACAGGACAAACGCAGUAUCGAGAUGUUGAGGCGCUCGACGCUGAGCUCAAGCAAUUCGUCGCUGAUUUGCCUCCCACGUUUACGAUGCUGAAUCAUGACAAGUCCUAUGAUAGUAAAUUGUGGUAUCUUCCUAUCCAUCGUUAUUAUAUCCAAACCGAGAUUUUACAUUUCACCAUCAUCUUGCACCGACCUUGGCUGCUUAGAAGAUUGAAGAGCUCGAGGUACAAUCUAUCUAGGAUUGCAUGCUUUGAUGCUGCCAUUACGGACUACAAGAUCAGACAAGCAUUCAAGAUAGAGUGCCCCGAUUUCUUUGAGACUUUAUUGGGAAGCUCGUUCCGAGAAUUCAAUGCUGCGAUGAUUGCUGGUAUUAGUAUGAUCAUUGAUCCUAGGGCUGCUCAUUCCAGCGACAUGCGCAUGAUUGUGCAGAGUUUCAUGGAACAGCACCCACAUGAUCCCAAGGCGGAUGACUUUUCUCAAAAAGAAGCUGCGAUUAUCUACACCCUCCACCGCCGAGCGCAAGAGAUGGAAGAGCGUCGCACACGGCGAAACGCCCCUCGAUGGUCGGCCGAUAACACCUCGUCUCAGCGACCUGCUCCUCGUAGCACCGGGACGCGGUCGGCUAUGCAUUCUCCGCCUCAUCCUGCACCGGAGUCCAAAGACAAGCAAGCUACUAGCGAACCUUCUCGCUCGGUACCUCUUCUCCCGUCGCCCUCUGGAAGCGUCCAAGCGUACUUCAAGGGAAGCUACUACGGGCAAAACUCGGGACCUACUCCUCCUGGGCUGGGGACUAGUCCCGAAGAAGAUCAUCCUCAGCGAUUGCUUGACCACUGGCUCAUGUCUAAUACCUCUUUUGGACCUGGUGCAGACUCAACUAUGAACCAGUUCAACAUCGGCCUUUACUCAAUGCCUGUUCCAACUAUGGUCAAUGACAGAGGCAGUGAUUCGGCUAGUCAUGGGGCAGGCCCACACCCCAGCCCUCAUCAGUAUCCUCCUGCGGGAUAUCAGCAUGGUCACCCUCCUCAACCCAUACAGGUUCCCGAGCAGAUGCCAUGGAUGGACCCCUCUUUGAUCCCCGUAACUCCUGCAUCGGCGUUGCAGGCUCCGGCAGUGAUCAGUGGGAUGUCUGGUGGUGUUGUGGGCGGGGAUGGAAACAAUACGCAAUAUUGGAAUGCUCUUAUUGAUGGUAUUGUUGGUGGACUGCCAAACUAUGAUCCCAACUUCACCACCGUAGGGUAAAAGUGGCUUGAGGAAGAAGCUUGUGUAGGGUGUUAUAAUUAUGCACUAGAGUGCGGAAACCUUCUUGUAUAGAGUUAAAAGGUUAUGAUUAGAAAAAGAACUUGUGGCGUCGAUUGAUUUUGGCGGUGGCGUUCUUGAGGGAGAUUUGCAAGAGAGAAGUGUCUGUAACGCCUAUUUUUAGACGAUUAGAGAAGAGGGAUCUGUACAAAAUGUUUCUUGGGUUUUCGGUUUUGUCAUUACAUGCAUGC